CCUCCCUUUCCUCCCCUUUCUCUCUCUCUCUCCCGUCUGUCUUCCUUCCCCCCUUUUUUCUCUUUCCCCCCCUUUUCUCUCUCCUGCUUCUCCCCCAUCCAGGCUCAGCUUCGUCAUUUCCAGGCCUUCCCAGCCUUUUGCAUGUGCUGCGUGAAGCUCAGGAGCCGAUCCCUUGACUCCAUCUGCGCCAAGUCCCACUUUUUUGGGGGGGCAUAAGGGUAGCAGAUCGCUGUUCUCUACAACGGCAGCAGAGAGGAGCAGGUCAUCAUGCCGACAGUGGUGGUGAUGGAUGUGUCACUCUCCAUGACACGGCCGGUGUCAGUGGAGGGCUCUGAGGAAUACCAGCGGAAACAUCUGGCUGUCCAUGGCUUGACCAUGCUGUUUGAGCACAUGGCGACUAACUACAAGCUGGAGUUCACAGCCCUGGUGGUGUUUUCAUCGCUCUGGGAGCUGAUGGUGCCCUUUACAAGAGAUUACAACACGCUGCAGGAAGCCCUGAGUAACAUGGAUGAUUAUGACAAAACCUGUCUAGAGUCAGCACUCCUGGGGGUUUGCAAUAUUGUUCAGCAGGAGUGGGGUGCAGCAAUUCCUUGCCAGGUUGUUCUCGUCACUGAUGGCUGCUUGGGGGUCGGCAGAGGCUCCCUUCGGCACUCGCUGGCUACUCACAACCAGCGGAGUGAAAGCAAUCGGUUUCCAUUGCCUUUCCCAUUCCCAUCCAAGCUGUAUGUCAUGUGCAUGGCGAAUCUCGAAGAGCUUCAAAGCACGGAUUCCUUAGACUGCCUGGAAAGGCUCAUAGAUUUAAACAAUGGAGAAGGGCAAAUUUUCACCAUUGAUGGACCCCUUUGCCUGAAGAACGUACAGUCCAUGUUCGGAAAGCUAAUAGACCUGGCUUAUACACCAUUCCAUGCUGUUCUCAAGUGUGGCCACUUAACAUCUGAUGUGCAAGUAUUUCCCCGACCAGAACCCUUCAUUAUAGAUGAGGAAAUAGACCCCAUUCCUAAAGCAAUUAAUACAGAUCUAGAAAUUGUUGGGUUUGUAGAUAUAGCGGACAUUUCUAGCCCUCCUGUCUUGUCCAGACACUUGGUGCUGCCCAUUGCACUUAACAGAGAAGGUGACGAGGUGGGACCUGGGAUCACAGAUGACACUGAAGAUGAGAAUUCAGCUAACCAGAUUGCUGGGAAAAUCCCCAACUUCUGUGUUUUAUUACAUGGCAGCCUGAAAGUGGAAGGCAUGGUGGCUGUCGUCCAGUUGGGGCCAGAGUGGUAUGGAAUGCUCUAUUCACAAGCUGAUAGCAAGAAGAAAUCAAACCUCAUGAUGUCGCUCUUUGAACCUGGUCCUGAGCCCCUUCCAUGGCUAGGGAAGAUGGCACAGCUUGGACCUAUUUCAGAUGCAAAAGAAAAUCCUUAUGGAGAGGAUGACAAUAAGAGCCCUUUCCCCUUGCAACCCAAGAACAAGCGCAGUUACGCACAGAAUGUUACUGUAUGGAUUAAACCAAGUGGCCUUCAGACAGAUGUACAGAAGAUCUUGAGAAACGCAAGGAAACUCCCUGAAAAAACUCAAACCUUCUAUAAAGAAUUGAAUCGUUUACGAAAGGCAGCUCUGGCCUUUGGCUUUCUGGACCUCUUGAAAGGUGUGGCAGACAUGCUGGAGCGGGAGUGCACCCUCCUUCCUGACACAGCUCACCCUGACGCAGCCUUUCAGCUCACACAUGCUGCUCAGCAGCUCAAAGUGGCAAGUACUGGAGCAUCGGAAUAUGCUGCCUACGAUCAUAACAUUGCUCCACUGCAGACAGACUUUUCCGGUAGCAGCACUGAAAGAAUGUGAAGAUGUCUCCAUUCUGGGAACCUCUAUAGACUUCACAGUCAAAUUUUCCUGUCCUGUUUACUUUCUAGGGCCUGUUUCAUUACUGUUUGGAGAACUGUCAAAACAGGGUCCCGUACCUCUCUAAAUAAAGGUAGCUAGUUGUGGUGGCUUUAGUCAGACCUGGAAACUGCGAAGUCCCAAAGUCAGUUACUGUGUUGGAUGAUGUGCAGAAGUUAUUCAGUACACGUGAGGUAAGAAGGAAAAUGCCAUUAUAGGCAGCAGACUGCUCAUGGCUUUUGACCUCAAAAUGUGGUUACUCUGUAACUGAACUCACUUGUAAAAGCAUCCUAAAAGGCAGCUACUGUGUACUUUAUACACCCACUUCAUUAGACCAAAGAAAAUGUGUGUGUCACGGUGCAAGAUCAGAUACACAGCUAAUUGCAGGGUGUUAUCACUAAUUUUCUGCCCGACUUGAAAGCCAGUCUGUAACACCGCAAUGAGAGUUAUUACUUGCAUUGCAGUGUUUAUGCUUGUGAAAGUAACUUAACCUUGCGAGACACAUUUUUAUUUGUGUAAUAUUAAUAAAUUCUUCAUGAAAAGUUAAGCUGGAUUUGUUCCAUUUUCACAGCAGCUGGGCUGCGUGGCCUAGAAUGUUGACCUGCUGAAGGCUCGGCUUCUGGCUGUUAAAUAAUCACAGGAGUUAAAUAAUAAAUGAUACAGCUUCUUGCGUUCAGGGAAAGAACAAACAACUGAACCAAAGCAAAACUUGGUUGUAAAUCUUUAUUAAUAGAAACACAUUAUUUCUGAAGGACUAAAAUUCAGUAGUGUAAGAUCCAUGACAGCUUGCACUAGGUACCACGCUUUCACUGAGAAACAAUGUAUGAAUACACGUGGAUUUAAUAACAAGUUUAAAUGCCCAGUGGAGAAAUUAAAGUAUGAAAGUGAUCCUUGCUGUUCCAUCACUCAGCUAAUUCAAUUCUUUCACAUACUUCAAACAUAGGUAUAGUGUGUGCCAAGUGAAAUAUUAAGUAUGUGUGUAAGUAACACACCUUUGAGUGGGAGCUUCAAGUGUCCCUAAAGAGAAGUUGCACCAUGCCGCUUCCUGACAGGACACAACUGAGAAAUGCAGUAUGGAGAUUGUACCAGUUCUCUGUUAAAAUCUCCUUUUAACAUUAUUUCCUUUCCUUUACAGUAACAAUCACUGGGUCCAGCUCACAAACGGGAUGUUGUUUGUUACCUUUCAUACUGAAAACAAUUUUCUGGAGAAUUCAUAUAGUUUUACAGUAGACAAAGAUAAAGAGUAACAUGGCACUGAGCUAAUCUCAGCCUCAGUGCUUGUUCUGGAUCGCUGGCAUUGCUUGGCAUUGCCCUGGGAGCAGUGGCAGUUGUCGUGAAACAACCUGUUCAUAAUCACAACACGGUUUAGAGCAAACCUUCUGUACAUUUUCUAAACUGGAUUAAAGAGGCCCGAGGGAUCUGGAGUUUACUGCGGGAGGCCAGCUGCGAAGGAAGGCAUGUUGAUGUUAAGUCAACUGAAACAAAAAUUUUCAGGUGAGAGGAUGGAUAAUGUGGAACGUUUGGGGAGCUUCUCUUUUUGUUGCUCUUGUUUAAAGCAAGCACAGAUAAAAGGGUCCCUUCAAACUCCAUGUGGGAUCUCCUCUACUGUGAUUUGAUAUAUGCUUUCAAAAUAAUACAGGGUUUAGUUGACCCCACUACUACAUCCCACCAGGAGCCAGCUGACAAAGUAUA